GCUCAGAGUUCCAGCGGGACAGGCAAGGAUGUCGGCCGGGCGAUGCGGCUGGGGGCUGGGGGUCUUGGCUUGGGCUUGGGGGGCAGCAGCCGUAGCCACCCUUCAAGAGGAGCCCGUCCACCUCUUCUCCCAGGUCUUCUUCUGCCAGAAGGACUCUCCGUUUUUCGGCUUGGCCCAGUCUCUGGACGAUGACCAGCUGUUCUGGUUCGACUUCCCCAAUUCGAGCUGGCACUCGCGCCUGCCGGACUUUCGUCCUGAGCUGCCCAGCCGGGUGCCCAAGGCCAACGUCAGCUCCCAGCACGAGCUCUGCAGGAACUUGCUGUUAUUGCUCUCGAACUUUUCUGAUCAACACGGAGAAAUGCCUGAAGCGAGAGGUAACCCACAGAUCUCAGUCUUCACUCGCUACCCACUCAAGCUUGGAAAGGCCAACACCCUUAUCUGCUCCAUCACCAACCUCUUCCCGCCGUCGGCUGAUGUCACCUGGGCGCGGAACGGGGAGCCGGUGACCCAGGGGGUGUCCACCACUUCGGUCUACCCUGUGAACUGGCUGAGCUUUGAGCUCUUCUCCCUGCCCAGAAGUGACCCCCCCCAGGAUGGAGGCGUGUACAGCUGCAUCGCCCAGAACCAGGGAGACCUCUCUGGCGGUGUCCCCACCCGGUCCUGUUCCAUCAGCAGACUUCCACAGGCGGUCGUAAUUCAAGUGGCCUUCGCCUUGGGCAUUGUGUUUGUGUUCCUGGGAAUCGUCCUGAUUGUCAAGUCUAGGAGGCCCAGGAGUGCAGAUGAGGGCUCCCCAGCCAACUAUCGGGGUUGCCCUUCACUCCCCAAGAAAAAGGGCGCCUCCAGUCAUGCCUUGUGA